ACCCUCAGUGUGCCGUGCGGGUGGAUUGCACUGAGAACGCGGUUCCGAGGACGUCGAGCCGGCGUCUCACGUCUGCGUUACAUCAAACGCACGCAUUUUUACACGCAAUCAUUUGUCCUAUAUUUUUUUUUUUAAUUUCAUCGAUUAAUUUCACCGCAUCUCGGCAAUUCGGCUCCUUCAUUCGGGAUUUUGUUUUUUCUUUUUAUUCAUUUUUCGCGGCGUCUCGGGUGAUUUAUUCGCCGGUAACUGUCAUCUGUUGCUGGAGUUUGUUUUGAUAAAGUUGGUGGAGAGAGGCUUUUAUUUUUAUUGCCCAAUGUGGAGAUGAUUGUGAACAACUGGAUAAUUUUAUUGUGGUGAGAAUUCUGUGAUUAUUGGUGAUCAGGAGUGAUACGGGGAAUCUUUAUGGCGAUGUACUCUGAUGAGGAGAUGGCGACGUGACGGAACUGAUCAAAAGAAGCUGUGGAGUAUUAGUCAUGAACACAAAUGGAAAUGCUGGUUCACAGGAGGGUGGAAAUGGCAAUGAUUAUGGUAGUAAUGAGGAAACUGCUGCAUUGCUGAGCCGUGCACCACCACCACCAGUUGUUGUUGCUGCUGGAUCUCAAGGAAAGCCGGUAUUAACCCGUCAGGAUCGUGCAACAUAUCUUGUUGCAUCACCACAAUUAUCAGUAUCUGGACUUGGUGGAUCUGAGGAGAGUGCGACAAAUGAGGAUCCAUCAACUAGAUCAGUACCAGAUAUUGAAUUACACUGUCGUUUCGAUGGUGAUAAUCAGCAUCAACAAUGCACAUCACAUUAUCCAACCACCACUCUUUAUCGCACCAGACAGGCAUCACAUCAGUACAACCGUUGCCGAUGCGACAGACGAGACUCCCUCGCACCCUCAUCUGCCCUUCAUCUGGCACGCAGCGUAUCGAGGGAAAGCGUCAAGAGUGGUUACCACUGCUGUCCAUGUCAAGCACCACCACCACCAGUUCUCGUGACUACAUCACCAAGUGCACGAAUUAUACGCCAGAGUUCACAACCAGAGGCAUCGGCAUGCUGUUGCUCGGGUUCAUGCUGCCCCCUGCAUGCUGGUGCUGCACCAAGUGCAUCACUCAGACAACUGCGUGAGCCCGGGGAUGGAAUAGCAGGAAUAGCCGCCGAUUCACUCAGGAUCAACGGUGGAAUACGACAAUUUCGGCAGUUUCCCUGGUGGUGGUGCAAAUCGUCGACAUCGACGAUGGCAACGACACCUCCGCCGCCGAUUGCUGGCCCAGCAACGGCUUCUGGCUCUGGUGGUGGGGCCCAGGGUGUCGUACUCUGCCCGCGAACGCUGUCACAGGUGCGUCGUUCCAAGCUGCGGAGAGCCCUCACCGAGGCAACCGCCGAGACCGUCAGCUACGUCAAGACGGUGGGAAAUAUAACACUGCGGAAGCCAGUGUCGACACUCUCGAUCCCCGGGGCGAUGAGAAACAGCAGUGGGACCGGAGGUGGACAAGGUGGUGGUGGUGGUUGUGCCAGUGGUGUCUUGACUAGUGGUGGUGAUGAUGCUGGCAUUGCCCUCGUCGGUGUCCACUCGGAACAUCCACGCUCCAUGGAUGAGCGGAGAUUCGGUAGUGGUCCCAUGAAAAUAGCACCAUCAGACCGCAUUGGACCUGGCUCAAAACCCAAGCCCAACGUUGGCUACAGACUUGGCAGACGAAAGGCGCUGUUUGAAAAGCGCAAACGCAUUAGUGAUUAUGCCCUUGUCAUGGGAAUGUUCGGUAUCAUCAUGAUGGUGAUUGAGAAUGAGCUGUCAAGUGCUGGCGUUUAUACCAAGGACGAUUUUACGCCACCAAAAAUCGAGGCCUCGUUCUACUCGACUGCACUGAAAACCCUGAUAUCUAUGUCUACUGUGAUACUGCUUGGCCUCAUAUUUGCUUACCAUGCCUUAGAAGUACAGUUGUUCAUGAUUGAUAACUGCGCCGACGAUUGGCGAAUCGCAAUGACUUGGCAACGAAUAUCCCAAAUAUCCAUGGAAUUGGGGAUAUGCGCAGUACAUCCAAUACCCGGUGAAUACUACUUCCUAUGGACGACCAAGUUGGCCAACAAGGGUGGCGAUAUGGGCUCCCAGUGGGUGCCCUACGAUGUAACCCUCUCAUUGCCAAUGUUUCUACGCUUGUACUUAAUCUGCCGUGUGAUGCUCCUUCAUUCAAAAUUAUUCACAGAUGCCUCAUCGAGGAGCAUAGGGGCCUUGAAUCGCAUAAACUUUAACACGAGAUUUGUUUUAAAGACACUCAUGACCAUAUGCCCGGGCACUGUGCUCCUCGUUUUCAUGGUAUCACUGUGGAUCAUUGCGUCGUGGACGUUACGACAGUGUGAGAGGUUUCAUGAUGAGGAACAUGCAAACCUGCUCAACUCAAUGUGGCUCAUAGCCAUCACGUUCCUCAGCGUCGGCUUCGGUGACAUUGUACCUAACACGUAUUGUGGACGCGGCAUUGCCGUAUCCACUGGUAUAAUGGGAGCUGGCUGCACUGCCCUCCUGGUCGCUGUGGUCUCCAGGAAAUUGGAACUGACGAGGGCAGAGAAGCACGUGCACAAUUUCAUGAUGGACACACAGUUGACGAAAAGAUUGAAAAAUGCUGCAGCGAAUGUACUGCGGGAAACGUGGCUCAUAUACAGACACACGCGUUUGGCGAAACGAGUUGUUCCGAGUCGCGUACGGACGCAUCAGAGAAAAUUUCUUCUGGCAAUUUAUGCACUCAGAAAAGUUAAAAUGGACCAGCGAAAAUUGAUGGACAAUGCCAAUACAAUAACAGAUAUGGCUAAAACACAAAAUACAGUGUACGAAAUAGUGUCGGACAUGAGCACGCGUCAGGACUCCCUGGAGGAACGUCUAGUGAGUCUGGAGGAAAAAUUAGUAUCCCUCCAAGAGCAACUAGAGAUGCUACCAGAGGCCCUGACACGUUGCUUGGCCCAGCACGCCGAGCGAAUGGAGCAACGACGUAACUUUCUCCAUCCAGACACAGCUGUUGUCCUAGCAGUGACCCCCAGUGGUGGCUGUGGCUCAGCCAGUGGCAUUGGCAACAGUCUAAACGUCGGAACAUCAGCAAAUUUGAGUUCGGCUGCUCAUCAUCCACUGGGAAGCCUAUCCAAUUCACCACUACUGCCACACUCGAGGAGUGUACCAAGUGCACCAAGCACAAUGUCCCUUCAUCCAUGGCCAGCGAGUCCAGUACUGCCACCAGUAUCAAGCAGAACACCACACCUUGUACCAGACACUGGAGGUGGUAAUGCUAGACAGCCACAGCAAAUGCAGCACACAUUAUCAACCUCAUCGCAGUCAGCAACAAGACUCACAACACAAGCUGGCAUGGGUGGACUUGGCACGAGUCAGGGCUCAGAUACAUCACCACACAGCUGAGCUUCGUCUCUGCAGCCGCAGCACUCGUAUUAAAUCAAGAAAAUGAAGAACCUUUUUCACUCGGGCCUCUAGGUAUUUACGUGUAUCAAUCUGUGUUUCCCACUUCACAGAGAAUUAAUUAUUGUCAUGAGUGAGGAAUAGAUCUCAUCUAUAUCUCAACCAAUUGAUUCUGUUCCAAGCACUUUAUACUAGAAUUAUCAAAAUUUCAGGGAAAAUAUUACGUUAUCCUAUUCAAUUUAAGACGAAAUAAUUUUCCCAAAUUUUUCUCCUUGAAUUUUUAUCAAAUUUGGCAUCUCCUACUUCAUCUCCUCCCAGUCAGGACAAAAUAAUCUCAUAAAAAAUUACUUCUCUGUGAUUGUUGUGGCCCUCAAGGUCUCCCCCCUCUCGUGUCGCUCAAACCGGUAAUUUUUCACUGUUGAUAAAUACGAAUCGAUGAUGAUCGAUUGGCAAUGGUUGUAAGUGCAGCAGGUACUGCACUCAAUCGAUCAUAAAUUCAAGACACGAAGGACAACGAGUGCACCUCUCUGGAGACAACCACAACGAGCUGGUCUUGCAGGCAUUUCUCUAAUGCACAGGAUUGAACGAUACAAGAGAAGGGGGAGUAGAGAGGUUGAGGAUGCAAUGAGGGACAAAUAAAAAAAAAACUGUAAAUACACGGACUCUUCCACUAGCUGCGGACUGCUUCCCUACCAUCAGCCCCUCUCGCCCAUUCUUGCGUGCCUCAAUACCUCAAUAAUUAAGGUACUCGAUUCGAUUCAACCUUUAUCCUACUGUUCUAUAUGCCGUCUCUAUAUAUCUGUCAGUUUCAAUGUUUCCUUGUAUACUUGGAUAAAUGGUAAAAAUUCAUGGAGACAGGUAACCGAUGAAAAGUGGUCUAGAGGAACAUGAAUAAACCAAGGGUCACGCAGUAGAGACAAAUUGGUGACGUAAAAAUAACGAAUAUAUUUGAUAGAAAAAUUACAUCACGUGAAUAUUCAUCAUCUCGCGAUCUGUUGUGAAUAAAAGUCCUAUCUGUCUUUCAACUCUCACUUACUAACGCAAAUCUUUAUAAACAAACUUAUCUCUUAUCUCCCCUCUUCUCUCUCUCUCUCUCUUUCUCGAAAAACUCUUGCUGACUAUGACUAAAUUUAUUAUAAAAAUUCCCUUUUAUCGGCGUGAAAUUAGUCAACGACUAGUUUUUAUGCGAAUAGUAAGAGAUAAACCGACAAAUUACUAUAUUAAAUGAUGGCCUUAAGGAGUGGUAUAGUUAGGACAAACUGUCGAUUGAAUUCUAGCCACCGUAAAUCUGCUAAACGGGUAUAUCGAUUCAGCGUUAACCAGACAACUAUGCGAUGAGCUGAAUUAUUGUUUUUUUUUCGUGUGGGGGGUAUGAGUAGGUUCGUUCAAAUUGCAGGGGAAGGGAUAUGCCAUUGUCAAGAAUUGGUGUGGUAAUGGACAUGAAAUUAAUAUUGAUUUAUAGUGAUUAUAGGCAGGAUUGAUACAGUUGAAGUAAAAGAAAAAUUAAAUAAAUAGGAGGAAGAAUGCAAAGUGAUCUUAUCCGCUUUAACGUCCGUAGAUUAUAGUAUUUAUCACUUUAGGUGUGAAAAGAACAUAAAAUGAGGCGCACGUGUACAGGGACAGUGCAGGGACGUGUAGUAUUCACUCGAGUACAGUUGAAUAGGUAAAAUGAAAAAAAAAAAUAGGAGACAAAUGAUAAGUUUUUUAUUGCGUAGACGAAUAGGUGGCGGUUUAGUGCAGAGCAGAAUUAGAUUAAGCGAUUUCAUUGUUCAUCGGCUGGGGCGGAGGAUUAUGAAUCCGUUAAUUUUUCUUUUUUGCUCAUCUUUUUCCAUCUGGAAUAGACGGAAACGUCAGUGAGAUGGGUGACCUAGAUUGUUUUGCCGGAUUUUCUCGAUUAAUUUCUCCGUUGCUAUUGGUUUAACAAAAACUCUCGCCAAAGGGGGCUUGACAUCGCGAAAUGGGACCAAAAAUGGACACAAUCCUCAACACAACAGAACAACGGAACAGUAGUUAUUUUCCCUCAACUAUGUUCAUCUCUGAUGCUAUGUCUCAAUGCGAACUGGACACGAUACAAGCUACACAGUAUUUUUAUAUAGGAAAAACAAAAUGUGAACAUAAAUUCUUCUGAAAAGUGCAUUAAAGUGUCGGGUCAACCACGCCGAUGAUAUUGAAUGGAGAAUCAAUUCGGGAGGGCAGAUCGGGGAGCUAAUUAGGCAGUGAGAAUUGCAUAGAACGAUUCAGCGAUGCGAAUUGUCGAUUUUAAUUUUUUUAUUUGUACUGGGGAAAUUUAUUCAUUAGUGAAGCGAUGAGUCUCAACACAGGAGAACGAGAUUGAUGGGUUGUUCCUUAAUGGAGAGUUAUUUCGAAAUUUUAAAGAUUAACAAUUCCAACACCAUUAUUAUCGCGAAAAAUGAAAAAAUCGUAAUGGCUAAGUCUUGAAAAACUGAACGAGAACGAAGCCAGUGGAUUCGCUGUACAAAUUGAAAUCUCAACGCCGUAAUUUUUCCACGGUAUUCUGCAGCUAAUAAUAAAUUUAAAAAAAUAAUAAUUAACCAAUUGAAUUAAUGGUAACAUUCACCAGUUUAUACGAAAAACAAUACGAUUAUUGCUAUUCCUAUACAUAUAAAAAAUUCAUUAAUAUAUUGUUACUAUUAUUAACAAUGAAAAUAAUAAUGAAAAAAAAAAUUGAAAACUUAUGAAUCGUAGAGUUUUACCAAUUUUAACUCGAAUUUAAAAAUACAACUGAAAUUCUUUAAUAACGAAAUCUUUACCGGUAUUAUCCGGCGGCAAAUGUCGUCCAAUUGUUCCGAAAAAUGACCAAGCGAUUAACACAAAGUUGAUAUACCGAUUUAGACAGUAGAAAAUCAAGAGUAAUCGGAAGUUUUAAAUGACGAAUAAAUUAUUUACCGCGCGUUCCAUCAGAUGAGACGUUCAAUCGAUGAAUAGUUAAUGCACGUGUGUUCAUUUGGGCACGAGUUACGCGCACAUCGUGCAUGUAAUUUAAUUUGAAUGAAUCCAAUAAUCAGAAGAAAAAAAAUCCUUGAUUUAGGAUGCCAAUCUUCGGUUUACGGUAGUAACUAUUCACGAAUUAAAACCGAGAAAAUCUGCUCGACGCAUAUUACUUAGACGCCGUCAACAAUAGGCUUGAAGAGGUUUAUCCACUUAGAUGAUAAAAUUCGUUGAGGACUAGGGAAUUAUCCAGAGUUUAUGUAAAAAGUGGUAACGGAGUUUAUUUACUCGAAAAAAAUUCCUCUGAAUAAUUUUUCAUCGUCGUGACAGUAGUCAUUGCUCUUGUUAUUAACACUGACAAUUUCAUUUCACGUAUGCCUUGACAUUUAAAAUACAGAUAGUAUAAAGUCAUCGUCCAUCAAGAAUUUUAUUCAGAGAAAUUUCUUUCCGGGGAAAUUGUCUCCACUCGCUGAAAAAUUUUAUCCAAUAUUUCAUUAAAAAUACGGGAGGGGCAGUAUAAUUUUGGGCCAUAUAGGUGUGCCAAUAAUCAAAGAGUAUUAUGUAGAAAAAACAAUUGUGAAUUUAUCCAAGUUAAUCACGUACUAUCGGAUUUGAUUAAGAAUAGAUGAAUGAAAAAACUUGAUGGAUGAGAGGACACUGAUUAAAUCGAUGCCACUGUCACUCACGCCUCCAGUUCAGUAUCUGAAUCGACAUUCUCCAUGCGCAACGAAUCUUGAAAGUAGUCAAUACGAAAAAUUCCCAUCGUGUGUAAAUUAAACAAAACGAUCACUGUCGAUAUCCAAUCGACCCCAUCAGAAAUUUACAGAGCUACACAGGUCUCUUUUAAUUUCUUGCUUACGUGCGGUUAAAUUAAACAAUUGAGUUUAUCGUGCAAUACUGGGGACCAUUCUCGUGUUAAAUAUUUCAGCGAUUUCGAUCUUCGAUCGACUGAUGAAGAUAAAUGGUAAUUAGGAACAGUGUUGCAUGCCAUUUGUAACGGCAAUACCAACAGUACCAAAUUGUAUUAUCCAGUAUUUAAACAAUUCCUUGGGCAUUCUACACUUACAGUGAAUUCAAUGAAUUGUGAGGGAAACAAGGGAGGGCUCAAGUACUGUAAUUAUUACGGCCAUUUACUAGGUUUAUUGGAGAAUCUUGGAAUGUUGCGAACUUGUUCUACUGUUUGUCGAAUUUAUUUCUACCAAAUUAUUGGACAUUUCUCACUGACGUUCCGGAAAACUAGUGCACACGGAAAUUCUAUUAACAAUUUCCAUGGAAUUUUGUCACACGUGUUGACUUGAAUUAUAAUGAUCUUCGAAAAUUCCAACAGUGUGCAAUCACUCCGUCUAUAUUUCCCUCUCCAAACACCAACAACAUCAAUUCAUCAAGAGCAUACUUAUCAUUUAUGAAUAGCAGGCAAUUUGAUAACGAAAAUGAGACGUGAAAGCCUAAAUGAGCGGCCUGGUACUCACCGAACAUGUCAUAAAAUCAUUGCUUUAAUAGAUCCCCAGCAAGAACCUCUGUUAAUAGACAAAAUAAUCGAAUGCACAAAUGUGCUUUUAUUUGUACAAAGCUCCACACCAUAAAAACGCCUGUAAUUUCCUAAUUUUCGUGAAGAUGCAUCUCGAAAGACCAUUGACUCACAGCAACAAAAGCAAUCUCGUCUUUAAAAAUUACAAAAAAUACCUGCUCCCACCGUUUGCCAUUUAUCUUGUAUUACACAGAUUAUUCUGUACUGCCAACUGACUUCUGUGACACGAGGAAUUAAUGUAAAUGAUGCUCACGAAAAUUAGGAACCAUCAGUGGCAUUCGUUCAGCGUCCGCUGCUCUGUGACAAAAAUUUCAAUGGUAAUUUAUGCCGCAGAGAGGAAAAAUCAGAGCGAGCAUGAGUUUCAUUUCUCCCCUCAGAACAUGAAUAAAACGAGGCACGAAUUAAGCUAAUGAUCUCGUUCUAUCGAAUUGGACAGAUCCAUAAAAUUUCGUAGAAAAAUCUUGCGCAUUCAGUGAACAAUUUUAUUGUAUCUUCAUCUAAUUUAUUCUAUAGAAAAGAUUAACUUUUAUUUCCUUUUAAUUUUUUAAUACAAUCAGCUGACCUCAAUAAAAUUUUCCAUCGAAUGCCCAAGUUUUUUCUAUAAUUUUUUAUAUGUUGAGUUGACUAAGUCACAUUCCUUGUUCAUUUACGAAUAAUUGUGUUGCGUGUAAUGUAAGAACGGGGCCUAUGUCUAAUGAUAAAGCGUAUUUACUGUAUAAAGGAACGAUAAAAUUUCAAUGAUGCCAGAUGAAUUCGAUGAACGUUUGCAGAAUCCGAGUAAUAAUUUAAAAAAUUACGAUAUUUAGGCUCGUCGAGCUUUAAUCUUUUAUACACUGCUAUGAUAGUCACAUGCGGAAUAACUGAAUAAGUAAAUUAAUCAAUAUUUCCCAAGUGAAAAUGAACAUUGAAUUGAUAUCAGCGCUGUUCAAUUAUUAACCCUCAUUUUUUUACAGUUACAAAUUUUUCGGAUAAAAAAUAAUACAAACGUCUGUCGGCUGCGAUGCAUUAAUAGUUCAACUGAUGAAAGUGAUCGAACAAUGUUGAUGUGCAUUGCGAACCAGGAAGUGAGAAUAAAAUAACCAGAUAGCGCUCAUUCUUGAUUGAUUACCAUUUAUAAGCACUAUUUCGCACAAAAUGUUCAUGUGUAAUUGAGUGUUUAGGAUUAAUUUUUAUUUAAAUUUGAAGAUGAAAAUAAUGAAGACCUGUUGAAUGAUUUUUCAUUGGGAUAGUGGACACAAUGAAAAUUGUGAUUUUCCAUCAGAUUAUUUAAUUGAAUAUGAAAAUUAAUUGAAAAACAACAAACACGUAUCUCAUAUUUUUUAAUUUCCUCAUUCAAUGAAGAACAAUUUCAUGCAUCAACUCGAUUAUAACAAGAGCAAAAAAAAUUCAACAUCUACGUUCAAUAGCAUAUUUAUAAUCUCUUAAAAGAAUUGCGAGAAACACAUGGAGGAAACCACUCUUGUUACUCAUUGAUUGGGUAAAGAGAAAAGAGUACGAGUGAAACCAACAAAAACAAAACAAUACUAGUCUGUUAUCUCUGUUACUCAAAGAUACAACCUCUUCUAGUCUAUAUAAACAAAAAGAAA